AGUAUAGUUUUACACGAAGGCUUCAUCGCCCGUUUAGUUUUAUACCUGAGACACGAAGAAAAGGCUGAAACGGUUAGACGAUAAAAACAGUUCGAAACCCCUCUGUUCUGCGUUCUCGUUCUUUCUCUCUCUGCUGUCCGUAAGAAUCGAAAAGUAAAAACAGAAAAAAAAAAAAGAUACAAAACGAAACGAAAUCAGAUUUUUGUUUUUCUCUUUUACCGAUGGCGAAUUAUCGUCAUAUGCCCGACCAUCGCGUAUACAUACACGCGCGCGUUACGCGCAUGCGCAUUCGUAACGCAUCCGUUUCGUACAGGAAACUUCCUCUUCCACUGCCCAUUUGUCUCCUUUUUCUGUUUUCUCUUUCUUUCUCAAAGUUUACAUCAAUUUGGUUUAGUUUAAUUAGUACUAUGUAUACACAGAAAUAUUUUGAAAAUCAUCGGAGAAUGCGAUGACGGAUACCACCGAUCGAUCGAUGGAGCGACAUCGCAUUCUCGUUUCCACGAAGUAUCAUUUCUCAUUAGCCAAAGUUUAGAAUUUGCGUUCAUUACCUGUAAUUCUUUUUCUUGCACGAACCACAGCUGCUUGCUUUAUUCCUUUCAUUUUCUCUCCCUGUUCCUUUAUCGUUCUACCUAUCUCCUUUCCUCUUUUUUACAUUCAUACACAUGGACACAGGACAUAUAUGUUUGACAUAUUAUUAUAUUUACUAUUAUUUUAAUUAUAAUUUCCCAGGAGUAUAUAUUAUCUUUAAUAAUCGUGGUAAUUUUUAGACUAGAAAAACAUUAUAUUAGCGGAUAGAGAUUAAAGUAUACAUAAAAAAUAAAGUAAAUAUAUAUAUAUAAAUAUAUAUAUUAUAUAUAUAUAUAUUGAUAAAAAAUAUUGAGAUCGUAAUUAGAAAUUGGGUCGAGUGCAUACAAUGCUGAAAGACGAUAAUGAUAAUGGUAUUUACGCGUAAGGAUGUUAAAAGGUCGAGCAGAUGGAUUAAAAGCGGUCUUGGCUAAUGUUGGCCAAGCUGCUCGCAGAGAAUAUUCAAUGAUUGAACAAAAAAAAGUAAAUGUAAAUGUUUGUAAACAAAUUAUGAAACAUUAUUUGUUCAGUGCCUACAUAUUUACACAGUAACAAUAAAGAUGAAGAUUAGCGAA